AUGAAUGCAUCCACGGUGGUGUGCAAUUACAGCACAGGAAGUGUGCUAAGAGCAGCCAUUCCACACGCCAUUAAAGUUAAUAAGGGCCAGGAGUCGGGUUGCACUGGGCUCUCCCAGGCCAUUAAUAAACUACAGUGGGUGCCAGAGCCGCUCAACACUCAGGCUUCAUACAUGAGCUGCUUGUGCCAGGUGCACCUAGGACGUGAUCUUCCCAGAUGUCCUUCACUCCGGCGCCGGGACACCACGGACCCUGGGUGCAUCCACAGCGGAGGAUACGAGCCAGGCCCUGGGCGACGACUUCUCCCCACUCCGGUCUUCGAGAUCUCCACACGGAACCGCUUCGCUCCCCUCCGCAAGACAGGACGCGACGCUGUGAUCAUCAGAGACUCCAUCGUCCGACACGUCCGUGCUACGUUAGCCGAAGGUAAAGUGCACACUCAUUGUUUCCCUGGUGCUCGUGUUCUCGAUGUUUCUGCGCAGAUACCCGCGAUCCUGAAGGCCGACGAGAGCCCCAGAGCAGUCGUGCUUCACGCCGGGGUUAACGACACCACGCUGCGGCAGACGGAGACGCUGAAGUGGGACUUCAGGAGCCUGAUCGAGACGGUUCGCAGCACGAUGCCCGCGGCGACGAUCAUCGUGUCAGAACCACUGCCCACGUAUCGACGAGGACACGAAAAGUUCACUAGACUUUUUGCUUUAAAUGAAUGGUUGUUGUCAAGGUGUAAAGAACAGAAACUGCUAUUUGUUAAUAACUGGAAUCUUUUCUGGGAGCGUCCUAGGCUGUUUCGCGCUGAUGGAUUACACCCCAGCAGAAUCGGAGCGGAGCUGCUCUCUGACAACAUCUCCAGGACACUUCGCUCCAUGUGACUAGAUUUACAUCCCGUGGUAACUAGGAUUUACACAAGCUCCAGUCUGGACCCAGAACACCGGAGAAGAGAUGAUGCUGACCCUCAGAGGACCUAAGAUGAUGCUAACCCUGAAUCAACAACAGAACUAACAAAUAUUGCUACAAGUGUGACUGCAUCAUAUAAUAAUU